AUGAGAGGUGAUUAAUUACUUCCCUUGGUCUCUUGAGUUAGUUUCUCCUCUUAUAUAUUUUGCGCCUACACUGACCAAUUCUCCCAUUGCCAUCUCAUGGAGGAGACAUCCAAAAUGCCUCCAAUCACAGAAGAAAAUCUCCAAGAACUGCUCCUCGCCCUUCCCAGCGAGAAAAACAUUGAUGGCACAAAUUCUCUCUAUCUAUACCAAGGGGCUUGGAUUCCAGGUUUUAACUUGAGAGGUGUGGAUUCCUUUCAACGCCGCUUUAUUGCUCAAGACACCGAUAUAAUUGUGGCUAGCAUGCCAAAAUCAGGCACUACUUGGCUGAAAGCCCUAGCUUUCUCGGUUGCAAAACGCCACAUCUAUGGCCCCAGAGAAAGUCCUCUACUCUCGACCUCACCUCAUGAAUUAGUACGUUUCUUCGAGACUGACCUUUACUCGAAAGACCAGCCCCCAGAUCUCGAACAACUUCCUCCUCCGAGGAUUUUCGGUUGUCACUCCCAUUACGCAAACUUGCCAGAGUCCAUUCGAGAUUCCAAGUGCAAAGUUGUGUACAUAUGUAGGAAUCCUUUGGACCAAAUUGUCUCUUUUUUUCAGUUUGCACACAAGUUCAAAUUAGAUGAUGGCACUUCUUUAUUGUCACUGGAUGAAUGCUACGAGAACAUUUGCCGUGGUGUCCAGAGUCAAGGCCCCUUUUGGGAUAACGUGUUGGGGUAUUGGAAAGCGAGCUUAGAAAGACCAGACAAGGUGUUGUUCUUGAAGUAUGAGGAGCUGAAAGAGGAUAUAGUCUUUAACUUGAAGAAACUGGCUGAGUUCUUGGGGCUUCCCUUCACCGACAAAGAAGAAAAGGAAGGGGUUAUUGAAGAAAUAUCAAGGCUGUGCAGCUUCGACAAUCUCAGGAAUUUGGAAGUGAACAAAAAUGGUGUUCGUCCAGUAUCUGGGGCUCCAAACAGUGCCUUCUUCAGGAAAGGAGAGGUGGGCGAUUGGGCAAAUUAUCUAAGUCCUUCCAUGGCUGAAAAAUUCUUCAAUAUAGUAGAAGAAAAGUUGGCUGGGUCUGGUUUAUCCUUCAAAACAUCUCAGGAAAGUGCCUAGCUAUGGGGUGCUUGAAUGUCCUUAAUUCCCUUGUGUUCUUGUGAGUGUGGAUUUCAUGAAACUUGUUAAGCGAACCCGCCCUUGUUGUUUUCCUGGAAAGAAUCUCCAUCCCAAGAAAUCUUAGAAUCUUUGCUUAAUUAAGCCUUCACUGUUUUGGUUAAUAAUGUUAAUUUCAAGUUUUUUUUUUAA